UUUGCCGAGAGCCAGGAACAAUAGGAAGGGCCCCUGCGUGGGGAAGGGUGCCGUCUGACUUUUGUUAAAACCUUCUCCUCCCUCCGCAGCCCCCGCCCCCCGUCCGUCAUGGACCUCGCCGGCAGCUGCUCCAGCUUCCAGUCGGACCUGGAUUUCUGUCCGGAUUGCGGCUCAGUCCUGCCUCUGCCAGGGACUCGGGAUGCAGUCACCUGUGCUCGCUGUGGCUUCUCCGUCCACGUGCGAGCUCCCCGCGCGCCGGCCCGCACCUGCUCAUUCCGCGCAGACUUCGAGGGGAAGGUGGUGAGGACCGCAGUCGUGUUCCACCAGCCGGGCUCAGCCGUGCCCGUGUCGACGGAGGACGGCCCCGAGUUCCAGGGGCCCGUGGUGGACAGGCGCUGCGCCCGCUGCGGUCACGAGGGCAUGGCUUACCGCACCCGCCAGAUGCGCUCCGCCGACGAGGGCCAGACCGUCUUCUACACCUGCCUCCGCUGCAGGUUCCAGGAGAAGGAAGACUCUUGAUUUUCCUUUUUUUUUUUCUGGGAGACUCAACAAUCCCUCCCCUCUCCUCUUCCUUGGGAGGUGAAGGAUAUUGGUUCCUAGAUCCUGGUCCAUCCCGUUGCAAUAUUUGCUCCCCGAGAAGCAGAUCACCAUGUGGGGAUUACUGUUGUCCCCAGGUUGCUCCUAUUCCUAGUUGAGUUUUUCUAUUAAAGCUAUAUUUUUCAAUAAGACAAA